GGCGCUGAGACACAACCCUGAAUGUCUCUGUUAGUUUUUAACACUUUUUUUUGUCGUUUCUUUGUGGAUUCGUCAGAAAAUCAACAGGAUGUUUGUGGAUUUGUCUCCACGUCAUCAGAGGAUCCCUUAAGUUCCUAAACUGUUGGCUGGAGGAAGGAAACAAUUACUGGAAGAGUCACCUAACUGGACCUCAGGUUGGAGGGUCGGCCUGAGGGGUACUAAAGAUGGCAGCUUCAGGAUCAACACUCCUCGUUUUGAUCACAUUUCUCCUCCAUUUGGUGAGGUGUCACAGUGCAAUGGGAAAAGAGAAGGACGGCUCUUUGCUAAGCUUCACGCACCAUCUCUACAACGUCACCAUCAAYGAAAACUCUGCCCCACGAAUGUACGUCGAGUCGCUCGUUAAGAUGGGCGUCCGACUCACAGAUCCACUGUGGGACAUCAAAUAUAGCAUUGUUUCGGGGGACGAGGACGAGUUUUUCCAAGCAGAAUCACUGUCCGUUGGGGACUUCUGCUUCCUCAGGAUUAAAACUCGCAGCAGUAACUCGGCUCUUCUUAACAGGGAGGUCAGAGACMGUUACACUCUCACCGUAGAGGCAACAGAAAGCACUUUUGAUUUCCAGGCGAAGACCAAGGUGKUUGUCCACGUGCUCGACACUAACGACCUAAAACCCCUGUUCUACCCGGCAUCAUACAACGUGAACCUCAGAGAGGACACACCGCUGAAGUCGAUCGUGGUCCGAGUCAGUGCCACGGAUGCGGAUGUGGGGAGCAACGCUGAGUUUUACUACUCCUUCACCAGCAGAGCUCACCCUUUUGCYGUGGACCCUUUCACCGGCACGGUCAUCCUCGUCAAGCAGCUCAAUCAUACCCGGACGCAGAAAUACGACCUCACUAUUUUAGCYGAAGACAGGACGAAAAAGAUAUCAGGUGUUCAGAAAUUUGGGAAUUCUGCCCGCGUCACAGURAAUAUUCAAAAUAUACCCAAAGGAGCUCCGGUUGUCACAUCUUCUCUGAAACCUGCUGUGUUUUCAGAUGGACGUGUAGAUGUUAAUGUCCAUGUGGAAGAAGGAGUUAAACCUGUGGAUUCUCUUAAUAUUGUUGCUGGGGAUCCCCACAACUGUUUUGAGGUUAUUCCUUUAGGUGUACAGGGCACCGACUUCCAAGUGAUCUCUACUAAAAGGAUCGUGUGGUCUCAAAGUCCUUCUGGGCUCAACCUGUCCCUUCAAGCUAAUGAUAGGAGUUUGCCAAGUUUACUUUCUCYGAUUACACAAAUCCACAUUCCGGCUGAUCAUUACACCCCUUUGGCAUUUUUGGAGGAYACUUACAUUGUCACCCUGAGUGAGUUUUCACCUCCUAAAACUCAUGUUGUUAGGGUCUCUGUCACCUCCUUACAUAAUAAUGUUACCUUCAGCAUCAAAAGUAACUCAGACAGUUCAAAUUUCAAGAUUAAUCCGAAAUCAGGAAUAAUUAUAACGGAAAAUACAUUUGACUAUGAGAGAAAAAAUCGAUUUGAAUUUGAUGUGGUAGCCAAUCGCGGUGAAGCAGAGACACAUAUUGUGGUCAAGAUAACGGAUGAGAACGACAACAGCCCACAGUUCAAACAGACGUCCUAUCAGGAAACAGUGGCUGAAAACACUCCUGUUGGCAGCAGUGUGCUUAAAGUUGUGGCUUCAGAUGUUGAUAAAGGGAAAAACGGUUUUGUGACGUAUGCAAUUGCAAACUCUGAACCUUUACCUUUUACGAUAGAUCCUUUCACAGGCGUCAUCUCGAUCUCCGAACAUUUGGAUUAUGAGUUGAUGAAACGGCGGCAUCACCUGAGAGUUUGGGCUUCGGACAGCGGCAGCCCUUUUAGCCAGGUCAGCGAAUGUCCCGUGACUAUUACUCUUAUCAACAUGAACGAUAACGUUCCUCUGUUUGAGAGGGUGGACUGCAACACCACCAUCCCACAAGAUUUACCCGUGGGACGCACGAUYGCUGAGCUAUCAGCCAUCGACUUAGAUGAACUGCAGCAGCUGCAGUAUGUCAUCGAAUCAGGAAACGAGCUCCAAGUCUUCAUCAUUGACGCUGUUACUGGAGCUAUUAGUCUCAAACGGCCAAUUCCUCGACACGAAGGCUCGUUCACCUUGAGAGUUGUAGCCGAAGAUGGUAAACAUCGUUCUGAGGCUUCAGUCGUCAGGGUCACGGUUACRAACAAAGGUGACGAGGCAACGCUUCACUGCUUUGAAACAGGCAUCUUUAAACAGAUGACUGAUAAACUGAUAGAGUCAAUAAAGCCUGUUUUAAUUAAUCAGGAGGAAGAGUCGUUCUCAGAUAUUUACAUUACCAACAGACACUCCCCCAAAUUUGUUACAAGCAUUCCCACGUCUAUUGAUGUUGCUGAGAACCAUCCGCUGAAUUCCACCAUUCUACAGUUCAAGGCCACAGACGCUGACUCGGGGUUUAACAGUAAGCUGGUGUUUGCCAUAUCAAGUGGGAAUGAAGACGGCUGUUUUUCCAUUGACACUUUUUCUGGGGAGCUUUAUUUAGUUUGCCSUCUGGACCGAGAGAGUAAGGAGUUGUACAUUCUGAACAUCACGGUUUACGACUUGGGGUUGCCACAAACGUCCGCGUGGAAAUUCAUCGCCGUUAAUGUCAUCGAUGUCAACGACAACCCUCCAGUUUUUAACCAGCCCAGAUAUGUCAUCCGUGUGCCUGAAAGCACAGAGGAGGAUGCUGUUAUUUUCACAGCUCGAGCCGUAGAUGUAGAUGCAGACAUGAACGGAAAAGUGCAAUAUUCUCUGCUGACGUCCACAGAUGCAUUUAGAGUCGACGAGCUGACUGGGGAGGUGAUUGUGACGGGUCAUCUGGAUCGAGAAAGUUCCCCCCACCAUGACCUCUGGAUCAAAGCAAGUGACCAGGCCAAACAUGACCCCCAGUUGUUCUCCAUUGCCCACCUGCUGGUGAUUUUGCAAGACGUAAAUGACAACCCACCUAAAUUUGAACCUAAAGUGUAUCACAUAAAAGUUGCAGAGGAUGUUCCUGUGGGAACGCUGCUCAUCUGGGUGGAGAGCGUAGACCUGGACUCGGGUAGCGGAGGCCUCGUCACAUACAACCUCAAGAACACAGAGGGUGGGAUCUUUUAUCUGGACCCCUCCACUGGAGCUUUGACCCUUGAGCGCGAGCUGGACUUCGAGAGACGGCCGGCCUACAACCUCACAGUCAGAGCUGUGGACCACGGCCUUCCUCGCUCCCUCUCAUCAUCCUGCUUUGUAGAGAUCGAGGUUUUGGAYGUCAACGAGAACCUCCACAGGCCGGUUUUCACAGAGUUUGUGUACGAGGCCGGAGUGAUGGAGGACGCAGCUGUCAGGACAUCUGUCGUGACUCUAACAGCUUCGGACAAGGAUGUGGGCAGAGAUGGAGUGGUCCGAUACCACAUCAACGAUGGCUCUGGAGUUGGAGUGUUCUCCAUUGAUGAAGAAACAGGUGUGAUCCGUACGUCAGAACUGCUGGACCGAGAGACGGUGCAACAYUACUGGCUUUCUGUUUACGCCACCGAUUUGGGCACCGAGCCCCUGAUCUCUUGGACUCACGUCUUCCUGGAGGUCCUGGAUGUCAACGACAACGCCCCGCAGCUUUCCCAGCUGGUGUACUUUGCAUCAGUCCAGGAGAACGUGGACAAAGUCAACUCUGUCACCCGAGUGUCUGCCUCAGACGUGGACACGUCCUCUUUGGGGAAGCUUUCCUUCCAGAUGCAGGAAUCUCACAGAACCUUCUUCGACAUAGAUCCGAAAACAGGUGUUAUCAGCACGCUCUCCGCUCUGGACCGGGAGGAAAAGGCCGAACACAGCGUCGAGGUUAUUGUGUCGGACAACGGAAGUCCGUCUCUGCGCUCCACUGCCACCGUCGUCAUCCAGGUUCUGGACGCAAACGACAACCGGCCCAAGUUCACAGACAGACUUUUCCAAGUGAAGACGUUGGAGCAGGACCGGCAGUCUGGAACAGUGGAGGUCUGCAGGAUGGUCGCGCGCGACGACGACGAAGGCGCGAACGCCGUGGUGACGUACGAGCUGCAGGACGGCGGCGACGACGGGCUUCACGUCCAUCCUGUCACAGGAGUGGUGACGGCACAGGGAGACUUCAGGGCAGGGAGCUACAAAAUCCUCACGAUCAAAGCCACGGACCAGGGCAGCCCGCCGCACUCGUCCACGGCUCGGCUCGACGUCGAGUGGGUGCCCCGCCCGCCUCCCUCCGCCGAGCCAAUCACGUUUGAGGAGCCUCACUUCACCUUUGCUGUGAUGGAAACAGAUCCUGUCAGUCACUUAGUGGGCAUCAUCAUGACGGAGACGCACCGCCCGCUGCUGUGGUUCAGUAUCGUAGGCCCUCAUCCUGGUGUUGGACAUGAACGAACACCGACCCGUCUUCAUGAAGCCGCUUUACGAGGUGAGGGUCCCCGAGGACACGUCCCCCUGGAAGGACAUCCUGCAGAUCAGCGCUCAGGACCUGGACCCCAAAAGCAAGCUGGUGUUCUCCAUCCACAGCAGCCUCCCCCCGGACAGCACCAAGCUGUUCCACCUGGACCCCAAGAGCGGCGUCCUGGUGAUGACGGAGGAGCUGGACUUCGAGACGGUCUCUGUCCACACGCUCAUCGUGACGGUGCUCGACCAGGAGAUCCCGGUGAAAAGGAAUUUUGCGAAAGUGGUAAUUCACGUGGAGGACUGCAACGACCACUCUCCCGCCUUCCUGAGUCCCCGCUACGARGCCAGCAUCUCGAACGUGGCCCCCACGGGCUCUGAGGUCAUCCGGGUCAAGGCCCUGGACAAGGACAUGGGCAGCAACGCAGACGUCAGCUACUCGCUGCACUCCGGAAAUAUCGACAACAUCUUCUCCAUCGACUCAGAGCUGGGCUCCAUCCGUGUUUCCAAACCGUUGGACCUUCAGCCUCAGGACCAGUUCCACCUCACGGUGAUGGCCGCCGACCAGGGCUUCCCUCAACGCUCCGACUUGACCUCCGUCCACGUCCACGUCCGGGUUUCCGAYCAAACCCCUCCCACCUUCUCCUCGGAGGAGUACUCGAUGGAGGUCAGCGAGUCGAGCGCUCCCGGCACCCCGGUGGUCACCGUCUCAGCCUCAAGCCCCGCAGCAGUGCAUUAUGGGAUAGAAAGUGGCAACAUAAAUGGAACGUUUUACAUCAACCCUCACACCGGGGCGAUUUCCACCCACAAGUAUCUGGACUUUGAGGACUGUGAAUCCUAUAAUCUCGURGUUACGGCCUCCACCACGGCAGGAGCCACCUCUAAGAGCCUCGUUCACAUUUAUGUGGUUGAUGAGAACGAUAACGCUCCCGUCUUUCAGCAGACAGAGUAUUUGGGACAGAUCAGUGAGUCGGCACAUUUAAACAGCAUGGUGAUGGGAAAAAGAAACACGCCGCUGGUCGUACAAGCAUCAGACGCAGAUCGAGAUUUAAACUCCCUGCUGACGUAUCAGAUCCUCGAACCCGAGGCCCUGAAAGUCUUCAGGAUUGACCCGAGCAUGGGCACCAUCUUUUUAAUUUCACCGGUUGACUUUGAAACCAAGACCGAGUACCACCUGACGGUGCAGGUGAAGGACUCUGGGGAGCCGCYGCUGUACGCACCGGAGCCCGCCAGUGUCACCGUCCGUGUCCUGGACCAGAACGACUGCCCGCCACAGUUCACCACUCUGGUGUACAAUGCAUCCAUCAUCUCUCCUGCCGUCAGGAACACAGAGGUUGUGCGCGUCGCAGCCUAUGAUGCUGACUCGGCAGUCUCAUACAGCAUCACAGAGGGAAACCUCCAUAAUGCUUUUUCAAUCGACCCCAACACUGGAGUCAUCACCGCCACCAAUGUGUCUGAGUUCAGGUCAUUUUAUCAGCUGGGCAUCAGAGCCUCAGAUGGUUUGUUUAAAGAUUUAGCCACAGUCAAAAUAAAUGUAACAAUGCUGAUGCCAAGUGAUUUUAGAUUUGAGCAGAAGGUUUACUCUACGAGUGUUCCAGAAAACCUAAAUGUGGUCAAAACUUUGGCAGCACUAAAAGUCACAGGGUGCUAUUUAAACGAGCCACUGGUGUAUUCUGUMAUGAACCCCAUGGGCAGGUUUGCAAUUUCCCAAGCRUCAGGUGUUCUUGAAACCACAGGAAUCCCCUUUGACAGAGAGGAACAAGACRUUUAUGACAUAAUGGUUAAAGUAGAAGACACGAGAAGUCCACGUAGAACAGCCACAGCCCAAGUCAAGGUCUUUAUAGACGAUGUUAACGACAACUCUCCCCAGUUUCUCAACCUGCCUUUUUCCAUCAUGAUUUCUGAAGACGCAGAGCCGGGAGAUGUUUUGUAUCAAGUAAUCGCCGUCGACAAAGAUCAGGCAGAAAACGGGUCCAUCUUCUUCUCUGUGGAGGAGGACUAUGGCCUCUUCAGGAUCGACCCUGAUGUAGGGGAUAUAUCUCUUCAAAGACCUCUUGAUUUCGAAGCCUUGAACAAAUACGAGCUAACAGUGUUAGCUUCAGAUGACGGGGUGCCCGGUCAUACCACCAUGGCUCAGCUCGUCGUUCAAGUGAGGAAUCGAACCAACCCGGUUUUCCAAACUCUUCUCUACCCUUUAAAAGUCCCUGAAAACGUCCCUCCAUUUACCACCAUCCUGCACGUGCAGGCCAGGAAUCCAGAGGGUUACCGUCUCAUCUACAACCUCAUGGAGGAAAACGCUUCAAAGCAUUUUCACAUCGAUUUCAAAACUGGCGUGCUGACCGUCACCAAACCCCUUGACUUUGAAAGCCAGGCGCUGCACGUGUUGACGGUUCGAGCCACGGACUCUGUGUCGGGAGCCUCGUCAGAAGCCUCCAUAGAARUAGAAGUGGAGGAUGUGAACGACAACGCACCAGUGUUUUCACAGAUGGCUUACAAUGUGAACGUUGCUGAAGGGCUUCCAGUCGACACCUCGGUGAUCCAGCUCUCUGCUACAGACAAAGACUCUGGAAGGAACAAAGACUUAACGUAUCACAUCGUUAAAACUGAUGAGAACGAUGCUGAUUUCUUUCAGGUAAACCCCAACACUGGGUUGAUUGUCACAAAACAGGUGCUGGAUUAUGAAGACAUAAAGCACUUCCUUUUGAAAAUCAAAGCCAUYGACAAUGGGACUGUUCCUCUCAGUAGUGAGACAUUAGUUUAUAUAAAUGUCACUGAUGUCAAUGACAAUACUCCAGACUUUGUCAGUCCUCAUUAUAAAGCUACUCUGGAUGAAAUGGCAAAAUGUGGCCACAUAGUCAUCAAAAUCCAGGCUUCUGAUCCCGAUUCUGCUGACCUCAGCAAACUCAAAUACAAAAUCAUCUCAGGAAAUAAAGACCGAUACUUCAAYAUCAACGAAUCCACGGGAAUCAUCUCCUUUUCCAACGUCUGUAGGAAGAAUUUGGACCCUUACUACAACCUGACCGUGGCCGUGUCCGACGGCGUGUUUCAGAAAACCGCACCAGUCAACAUUGACAUGAUCAACAGCAACAGGCACAGUCCGUAUUUCAAACAGAGCGUUUAUGAAGCGGAGCUGGUUGAAAACGCGGAACCGGGAACUCGAGUGAUACGACUGGCGGCUAUAGACCCUGAUGACGGACCGUAUGGAAGCGUGGACUACACCAUCAUCAACAAACUGGCUGAUGAGAAGUUUGCCAUACGCAAAGACGGCCAGGUUGUUACAACUCAGCCGCUGGACAGAGAAAACUCCACCCAGAGGGUCAUAGCGAUCAAAGUCAUGGCCAAAGAUGGUGGAGGGAAAGUGGCCUUUUGCACCAUCAAAAUUAUUCUUACAGAUGAGAAUGACAAUGUGCCUCAGUUUAAAGCAACGGAUUACCAAGUGUCUAUCCAGUCUACUGUAAAUAAAGGCUCCCCCGUUAUUCAGGUCAUGGCUUAUGAUGCCGACGAUGGUAAAAAUGCUGACGUCACCUACACUGUCGAAGAAGCUGAACUGGUCACAGAAGACAUCAUUGAGAUCAACCCGUUCACCGGAGUGGUGAGCAUUAAGGAGAGUCUUGUCGGGAUGGAGAACAAGAUCUUCAACUUUAAAGUCAAGGCUCGUGAYGGCAGCCUCCCGUUCUACAACUCCACGGUUCCUGUUCAGAUGAAGGUGGUGCCUCCCGAGGUUCCCCUGCCCAAGUUCACCGAGCCUCUCUACAGUUUCUCAGCUGCGGAGGACUUCCACAUCGGCACAGAAAUUGGUUUUGUGAGGGCUGACUCUGACGUUCCCAUCAUUUACAGCCUGGUCGACGGGAACACUGUUGAAAGCAACAAAGGGAAAGAGUUCAGCAUAGACGAGGAGAGCGGAACGCUGCUGCUGCAGAAGCCCAUCGAUUAUGAAAAGACUAAGUGGUACCAGUUGGAUGUGGUUGCUCAGGGGAGUCAUAACGGGACGGAAGUUGCGUCUUUAGUUUCUGUUAACAUUCAGGUCCAGGAUGUGAACGAUAACCAGCCUGUGUUCGAUGCGAGCCCAUACAGGGCGUUCCUGUCUGAGAACAUGCCUGCUGGGACCACUGUCAUCCAGGUGACGGCCAACGACCCGGACACAGACACCAAUGGCCUGGUGACCUACAGCCUGGAGUCCCUGCCUGACGGCCCCCCGCUCGACAUCACCGAGGUGUUUGCCAUCGACGGGGAGAGUGGCUGGAUCACCACGGUGCAGGAGACGGACUGCGAGGCCACCAGGGUCUACAGGUUCAAUGUGGUGGCCGUCGACCACGGUGGAGACGUCAAGCUGUCGUCCAGCGUCCUGGUGGAGGUGAUGGUGACCGACCAGAACGACAACCCUCCGAAGUUCACCGACGACACAUACCGCGGCUCCGUGGUGGAGAACAUCAUCCCGUUCGAACCCAUCGUUUCCAUGAUGACGACAGAUGCAGACGUUUCCCUGGAGAACCGCCUCGUGACAUGUUACAUCACAGACGGCGACCCGCUGGGCCAGUUUGCCAUCAUCCAGGAGGACGAGGGUCAGUGGGGUCUGAUCGUGAAGGAGACCCUGGACCGAGAGACCAAAGACCGGUACGCCCUGAAAGUGACGGCCACCGACGGGAAGUUCGAGGCUCCGGUCACCGUGGACGUCCACGUGCUGGACAUCAACGACAACAGUCCGGUGUGCGAAAAGCUGGUGUACACGGAGGGGGUGAUGGAGAACACGCCUCCCAGGGUUUUCGUGCUCAAAGUUUCAGCUUCAGACCCCGACGUGGGAGUGAACGGCGAGAUCACGUACACGCUCCACGGUCCGCACGCUAACAAGUUUCUUCUGGAACAAAGGACAGGUGAGCUGUUCACCUGGGCCGCUUUGGACCGGGAGACGGCCUCCGAGUUCCACCUGGCGGUGAAAGCGACGGACGGCGGGGGGCGGUCCUGUCAGGCCGACGUCCAGCUGAUGGUACAGGACAUGAACGACAACCCGCCCCGCUUCUCCUCCAGCCACUACGAGGUCACGGUGUUCGACAACACCACGGUGCACACGCCCGUCGCCGUGGUGUACGCCACGGACGCAGACACGGGAAUAAACUCGGAGGUCAGGUACUCCCUGCUGGCAGGCGACGGCGGUUAUUUCUCCCUGGACGAGUUUUCGGGGGUCCUGUAUCUGGAGCGAGCCCUGACCUCUGAAACCCCGCCCACGUUCGAGCUGAAGGUGAAGGCCACGGACCGCGGCCUGCCUCGGCACCUCUACUCUGUGGCCACGGUGACGGUGGACGUGGUCUCCCUGGACGACUACCAGCCGGUCUUCCUGAGCUCGGAGUACGCCGCGCAGCUCCCAGAAUCCUUAGYGGUGGGGUCGGAGGUGCUGAGCGUCUCCGCCCUCACCAGAGACGGCGGCGGCCCGGAUCACGUCAAGUACCGCAUCGUCUCAGGGAACGAGGACGGCAGGUUCCUGCUGGACCCUCAGUCAGGUCUUUUGACCCUCGUGUUCCCGCUGGAUUUCGAAGCUCACAGAGAGUACUACCUGUCUGUGGAGGGAAGUCGUGGCAGGUCGUCCCUCACCGACGUCACGACGGUCUUCAUCAACGUCACCGACGUGAACGACAACCCGCCCGUGUUUCAGCAGAGCGUCUACAGCGCCGAGAUCUCAGAGGAUCUGACGCCGGGGAGCCUGGUGAUGACGGAGGGCGAGUCCAUCGGCAGCAGCAUCCUCCAGCUGGUCGUGACGGACAGAGACACCCCCAAGAACGGCCCGCCCUUCUCCUUCCACAUCAUCAGCGGCAACAAUGAGCGCCGUUUCCACGUGGACCAGGGCGGCCUGCUGUCGCUCUCUGCUCCUCUCAGGAAGAAGAGCAAAGCUUUCCAUCAGCUAAAGAUUCAGGUGACAGACAGCGGUCUCUCUCCUCGCUCGUCCAUCUGCGUGGUCAACAUUAACGUCACCGAGCAGAGCAGGUACCCUCCCAGCGUCGUGCCCUUAGAGGUUUUCAUCACCACGGCUGGAGGACUGUUUGCAAAUCGGGUCRUAGGCCGACUCCACGCCUCGGACCAGGACCUGCAGGACACCCUGACCUACAAACUGGUGUCAGAACACCCCGCCGGGGAGAGGUUCUCCAUCGACCCGAACGACGGUAGGAUCUGGGCGGACGAGCACCUGGAGGCUGGCUCGUACGCUCUGAACGUCAGCGUGAGCGACGGGAAGUUCAGCGUCUGGGCCGGGGUCAGGGUUCACGUGUGGGCGGCGGACCAGAGGGUUCUGGACUCUGGUCUGACCCUGCGGCUGGACGGGAUGUCACCUGAGGAGUUCCUGGGCGAUUACUGGAGAGGCCUUCAGCGCCAACUGGCCCAGGAUCUGAGUCUGCCCAGACAGGAGAUCCACCUGGCCAGCCUGCAGCAGCCGCCCGACACCCAGAUCCUGGAGGUCCUGCUGGUCUGGAGGCCUCAAGAUCGGACCCACCAGGCCCUGCCGACAAGCAAACUCUCAGGGAUUCUGUCGAACGUCGAGGACUCUCUGAGCCUCAGGAUCCUGGGCGUGAGCCACGAUGGGUGCGUGGGCGCCGGCUGCCCGCCACGGGGCUGCAGGAACGCCGUGAUGCUGUCAGGAGAGAGACUCAACCAUUUCACCACAGCCAGGGCCGGUUACAUCAACCCACAGCACGCCUGGGAGAGUGUCUGCAGCUGCAACGAGUCGGCGCUGAGGUUCGACAGGAAGUCCUACCUGAAGUUCCUCCACAGGAUGGAUGAAGACAGCCAGCAGUUCCAACUCGCUCUGAGGUUCAAGACCUUCCAGCAGCAGGGCGUCAUCAUGUCCACCAGCGGUCCCAACGRCUGGGGGCUUCUACAGCUGACCGGAGGAGAGCUGCACUUCAGAUACAGAUGUGGAAACACCUCCCCGAACACCCUGCUGGUCAGAUCUGACCCAGUAUCAGACGGCCGCUGGCACAGUGUCCUGCUGCAGGUCAACACCUCGUCUCUGAAACUGACUCUGGACCGGCAGCAUCCAGCGUCCAUCAGCCUGACGGAGCCUUGCAGGAUGGUGCGCUCCCACGGCGCCCUGCUGUUCGCUCCUCUCCCGAAGGACUCCGCUCAGGGUUUGGGCGAGGACGCGCACAGUUUCGGCGGCUGCCUCGACGGCCUGAAGCUGAACGGGGAGCCGGUGGCAGCGGGGGAUCCGGCGGCGGAGUGGGCGGGGCCAGGGAGUAGGAGGACGUUUGGAGUGUAUCAGUGCUGCAGCAGGACCGCGGGCUGCGACAGACGACCCUGUCAGAACGGAGGAGUCUGCAGGGAGGAUGAAACUGGAGAGCCUCGCUGCACGUGUGUGGGACUCUUCCACGGUGAGCAGUGUGGCCUGGCUAACAACCCCUGUGCCUCGCAGCCAUGUGCCCACGGCAGGGUGUGUGUGCCAAAGGCUCAGGGUUACAUGUGCAACUGCUCCACGGACAACAUGGACGCAAGAUGUCACAACGAGGUGGAAGUCUGUUCCCUCAGUCAGUGUGCCGGAGGCUUCGACUGUAGAGUCACUGAAGGCAACAUCUACUGUGAUCCUCUGCCCGCGGUGUCUCCCUUAACCGGCUACAUGGACGUCCUGGUGACCUGUGCCGGUGUGUUGGGAAUAGUCUUCAUGGUGGGCGUCUUUGUUUGCGUCAGGGUGCGUUACGUUCAGCAGAGGAAGAAGAAGACGCCCGUCUGUGUGCAGGAUUCUAACGGCUACUUUCCAACCARUCUGACCAAGAGCCUGAAGGCAGAGAGCCAAGAUGUCAAACCAGUUGAGAUGAAGUCUUUGGUCAGCCCCACCAACAACCUGGACCACACCCCCUUCAGGUCUCUGAGGCCUGGCAGCCAUAUUGGUUCAUCAGGAAGUGGAUCCUCGAGAACACAGGGGCCGGUCGUGUGCAGCGUGGCUCCUAACCUUCCUGCCAGACCACCGUCCAGCUCAGAUAAUGGUUCCAUCAGGAAGGGCCACUGGGACAUGGACUACGAGGUCUACCCAGCUGACCCGGACUACUACGGGCGCCCGACCGUCCAAGAGUUCCCCCAGUUUGACAUCGUCGAAGACACCUACUCCACCUCUACGGCGGAUUCUCGCAGGAACUCCCGGUUCGGUGGUUUCCCCUUCCCCCUGGACCGCUGCGACCGCCGAGCACCCCUGCCGCCCUGCUACAGCAACCAGAACCUGGACGACUUCCUGGGUCCGGACGGGCUUCCUCUCCCCAGCGGUCAGUGUCCCAACGAGUACACCGCCAUCAGCUACUACCCCACGCAGCACGCGCGCAGCCUGGACAACGUCUCGGGGGGCUACAAGAGGCUGAGCAUGCGCCUCAGCGUGGCCAUGCCGUCCUACGCRGAGCAGCCCGACCAGCCCUCGGCGCCGAGCCCCGCCCAGCCUCAGACCAGACCCGCAGGACAGAACCGAUGCAACUACGAAGGGUCCAGCAUGGUGGGGAGCGACUACGGGAGCUGUGAGGAGGUCAUGUUCUGAAACAAAGCCGAACUAAACCCUCCGACCUACGGCAGCUUUGUGUUCCACUGCAUUUCUGAGAUUUCUGAACUCAGGAGUUUUCUUACAUGAGGUCAAAUCUUUUUUUUUCUUUUAUUUCUGCACUCAAGAGUCAAGCACCGAGGCAAACCCAGCUCAGACUUCUUUAAAAUGUGUUGCCUCAUUGUGUCGGAGUCAGUGGAGACUCUUCAGUUACCUCUGCAGGAGAAGUUCGUCUUUCUGCCCCGGACAGAGACUCAGAGGAAAUUAUGAGCAGUAUUACUGACUUGUCUGUGCACUGUUUGCAAAUAUCAAACAAAAAACAAGACUUUUUUUCAUCUUCAGCAGGGGUGGAACCUGUUUGUUGGAACAUGUUGAACUAUAUGGCAGGAUAUGAGGGCCAAAAUUAAGACUAUUACGCAACCAGAGGUUGCUACAUUCUUGUAGCAGGAGGCUAUAUCUAUUCCUAAUCCAGCUAUUGAACCACUGGAUUGCCGACUCCCUCCAUUGUCAGUUGGCAUGGAUAAGCUGGUAUUAGCAUUGGAGAGGCUAGCGACUAGCAUGUCUAGGCUGCUCACCUAUUUUAUUAGACACAAACUUUGUUUUUAAAACAAAAAUGGUUGACAUACAAAUCUAUAAGCGACAUGCACUGACAGGUGUUCCUUAGACAGAAUUUACUGUUCAACAUUACCUUAUCCAUGCUAGUGGCUAGCUUCUCCAAUGCUAAUGCCAGCUUAUCCAAGCUAGUCGCUAGCCUUUCCAGUGCUACUGCCAUCUUAUUCAGGCUAGUUGCUAGCUUCUCCAAUGCUAAUUACAGCUUAGCUAAGCUAGUCGCUAGCCUCUUAAAUGUUAACACCAGCUUAUUCUUGCUAGUCACUAGCCUCUUGAGUGCUAAUGCUAGCUUAUCCAUGCUAGUUGCUGGCCUCUCCAGUGCAAAUUCCAGCUUAGCUAAGCUAGUUACUAGCCUCUUCAAUGCUAACGCCAGCUUAUUCAUGCUAGUUGCUAGCCUCUCCA